UCCUCCACAAAGGCACAAGUCCUCACGGCACCUUCCUCCUCCUUUCCUUUUUUCUGUCUUUUUAUUUGGAGCACAGAUCUCAAGUCUCACCUGUUGAAUCUUACAUCAUAGGUCUUACAUCAUCAUAAUGUGCAAAAUUGUUCUAUAAAAUCAAUCUCGCCAUAGAGGACAGGCAUUCAUUGAAACAACCAAAAUACAAUCCUAGAAAACAAAGUUUGAACCAUGUUUUCUUCUUUACCAAACAUGCCUUCAACAACCUCAGUUUUAUCAACAUACACCACUUUCACUGCCUCAGCAAUGCUGGUCAGGUCUGUGCUCAAUGAAGUCCAGUCCAUUACUUGCCAGCUUAUACCAAAGCAACUCCAAGAGAAAAUCAUAUCCAAACUAGGAGGCCCUAUAGGCUACUCUUCAUCCCAAAUGACUCUCUACAUUGAUGAGUCCAACAAUGGGCAGCCAAUCAAUCAAAUGUUCGAGGCAUCGGAGAUCUAUUUGCGUGCGAAAAUCAGCCCUUCGGUUGAACGGUUGAGGGUAUUCAAAGCACCGGGACAGAAGCACAUCUGUGUCACAAUCAAGCCAGGGGAACAGAUUGUGGAUACAUUCCAAGAUAUCCAACUCACUUGGCAAUUGAAAUGUACCAAGUCCCAAAAGACAGGUCCUGAUUAUGACUCUGACGACGACGAGGACUUCAUCCAUUCUGAGCGAAGAUCAUUUGAGCUCAGCUUCCACAAGAAAUACAGGGAAAUAGUACUGAGCUCUUACUUGCCAUAUGUAUUGGAGAGGUCAAAAGCCAUGAAAGAAGAAAACAAGGUAAUGAAGCUCCACUCAUAUGGGGGAUCAUGUAGUUCAGUCAAUCUAGACCAUCCAUCCACUUUUGACACAUUGGCAAUGGAUCCAACACUCAAGAAGGACGUGAUGGAUGACUUGGACAGGUUUGUGAAGCGAAAAGACUUCUACAGGAGAGUUGGGAAGGCAUGGAAACGUGGGUACUUGUUGUACGGGCCACCAGGCACUGGCAAGUCCAGCUUGAUUGCUGCCAUGGCUAACUAUCUCAAGUUCCACAUCUACGAUGUGGAGCUCACAAGGCUCCGGUGCAAUUCAGAUCUUAGGAACCUUCUAGUCUCUACUGCAAAUCGAUCGAUUCUGGUGAUUGAGGACAUUGAUUGCAGCAGAAACUUUCAGAACCGACAAGCUGGAGGAAACAACGAUGGUGACAAGCAAUUGACACUAUCUGGGCUACUAAAUUUUAUGGAUGGACUCUGGUCAAGUUGUGGUGAUGAGAAGAUAAUCAUAUUUACAACCAAUCACAAAGACAGACUAGACCCUGCAUUGCUGAGACCGGGUCGCAUGGACAUGCACAUCCACAUGUCCUACUGCACUCCUUUUGGGUUUAAGAUCCUUGCUUCUAAUUACCUUGGCAUAAAGAAUCACUCUAUGUUUACUGAAAUCGAGAAGCUCGUGACGGAGGUGGAGGUUACCCCUGCAGAGAUUGCAGAAGAACUCAUGAGAAGUGAAGAAACAGACAAAGCCCUUGGAAGGCUCGUCAAGUUCCUAAACGUGAAGAAAACAAAACAUGAUAAAGCCAAUGCUGAAGGAGAACAAGAAGUCGGCGAAAUAGAAAAAGAAGUCAGUGAACAAGCAAAAGACAGUGCAGGAAACAAAGUAGCUGAAAAUAAAGCGAGGAAAAAUUAGGGAAAGGCAAAAAAGGGAAGAAGCAGAAGAUGAGGGCUUCCAGAGCAUGUGAGCAUUGUAUUUGCCUAUGCAAGCCAAAUAAUAUUUUAUGUAAUAAUUGCAGGCACUGAUAAUUAGUAUAAGUUUGAUUAGUGAAGUGAACGAUUACAUAGUAGAAGAAGCAGAGAGACCUCUGUUGAGAAGAGUAAGUAAACAGCCUGACAAAAUGAAUGUCUAAUAUAAAAGUUGGGUAAUCGUUUAAACCUGCUGGUUGACAGCCUACUGUGCAAGUUGUUGAUACUAUAAGAGAAUACGAGGCUGAUUAUAAGACUGACUACAGAUCGUUGUAAUGUAUUCUGCAGAAAAUUGCAAGACUUCAUUAGCACUAUUUCAAUCCACAGCCGCCAACGGUGAGUCAGAAAAAUGUAGAAAAAAUGAAAAGGAAACAUUUAGUUACUACUUAA